AUGAGUACGAACCAUGUUUAUGUGUUCAAGAAGAGACAGCCAAAUAAGUAUUCAUAUGUUGCUGAAGUCAGUUCCAUGGCGGAAAACCAAAAUAAACCUCCAAGCACAAUGUUUGUGGGUACGCUCUCUGGCUCGAAAGGGGGUUCAUCUGGACAGUUUAUUCGAUGUACCCUUCCAUAUAUCAAGCAAGAAAUUCCUAUUAUCAUAGUAUUUCGUGCAUUGGGAUUUGUUGCCGAUAAGGACAUAUUGGAACAUAUUUGCUAUGAGUUUGGCGAUACUCAGAUGAUGGAGUUUCUCAGACCUUCCCUGGAAGAAGCUUUUGUUAUUCAAAGUCAGCAGGUUGCCCUUGACUAUAUUGGAAAACGUGGUGCACUUUAUGGUGCACCCAAGCAAAAGAGGAUAAAGAUUGCAAGAGACAUCCUUCAGAAAGAAAAUGUUUCCUCAUGUAGGAGUUGGCUUAUCAUACAUCGGCUAUUCCGUUGUGCACUUGGCCGAAAUCCAGAAGAUGAUAGGGAUCAUUAUGGUAACAAAAGGCUGGAUCUUGCUGGCCCUUUACUUGGACGACUGUUUAGAAUGCUUUUCAGAAAGCUAACGAGGGAUGUGAGAUCUUAUGUUCAGAAGUGCGUUGACAAUGGCAAAGAAGUCAAUCUUCAGUUUGCCAUCAAGGCUAAAACAAUUACCUCUGGCCUGAAAUAUGCUCUUGCUACUGGGAACUGGGGCCAGGCAAACGCUGCUAGCACAAGAGCAGGAGUCUCUCAGGUUCUAAAUCGGCUCACAUAUGCUUCCACUUUGUCACAUCUGAGGCGUCUCAAUUCUCCUAUUGGGCGUGAAGCAAAAUUGGCAAAACCAAGACAACUGCACAACUCACAAUGGGGUAUGAUGUGCCCUGUUGAAACACCUGAAGGACAGGCUUGUGGUCUAGUGAAAAACUUGGCGCUCAUGGUCUACAUUACAGUUGGGUCAGCUGCUUCUCCCAUCUUGUUUUUUUUGAACGAAUGGGGACUUGAGAAUCUUGAGGAAAUCUCUCCAUCAGUUAUCCCCCAAGCCACAAAAAUCAUUGUCAAUGGAAAGUGGAUUGGAAUUCAUCGAAAUCCCGACAUGUUGGUGAAAACGUUAAGACGUUUGAGGAGAAGGGUAAGGAAUGAUAUUAUUAACUCUGAAGUUGGCAUUGUUAGAGACAUUCGUUGGAAAGAGCUCCGGAUAUACACUGAUUAUGGUCGUUGUAGUCGUCCCUUGUUUAUUGUGGAUAAUCAGAGGCUCUUAAUAAAGAAGAAAGAUAUAUAUUCUCUGCAACAAAGUGUAAAGUUUAUAGUUUCUUGUUUUCAAAGUACGCUUUGUUAUAAUUUCAGUGUACCAAUACAUCUUUUCAUAACCCAGGAAAAUGCAGAAGAAGCUGGUUGGAAUCAACUACUUAAAAAGGAGUUUAUAGAAUACAUAGACACAGAAGAAGAGGAAACGACUAUGAUAUCAAUGACUAUCAAUGUGACUAGACUCCGUCCCGACGAGGCAUAUUCUGACACCUACACACAUUGUGAGAUUCACCCUUCUUUGAUAUUGGGCGUGUGUGCUUCAAUCAUACCAUUUCCCUACCACAAUCAGUCACCCCGUAAUACAUAUCAAUCAGCUAUGGGAAAGCAAGCUAUGGGAAUAUAUGUCACUAACUACCUAUUCCGCAUGGAUACCUUAGCCUAUGUUCUUUACUACCCUCAAAAGCCUCUGGUCACCACAAGAGCUAUGGAGCAUCUUCACUUUAGGCAACUUCCAGCAGGAAUUAAUGCUAUUGUUGCCAUUUCUUGCUAUUCUGGAUAUAAUCAAGAAGAUUCUGUCAUCAUGAAUCAGUCUUCAGUAGAUCGUGGUUUCUUUCGAUCCUUGUUAUUUCGGUCUUACAGAGACGAGGAGAAAAGAAUGGGGACACUUAUCAAAGAAGACUUUGGGCGCCCAGACAGAGGAAAUACACUGGGUAUGCGACAUGGUUCUUAUGAGAAACUGGACAAUGAUGGUCUCGCACCUCCUGGUACUAGAGUUUCUGGUGAAGACGUAAUUAUUGGGAAAACCACUCCAAUAUCGCAAGACGAGGCUCAAGGACAAACGUCACGAUACAUCAAACGUGAUCGCAGUAUAAGUUUGCGUCACAGUGAAACUGGAAUGGUGGAUCAGGUGUUAUUGACCACAAAUGCAGAUGGUUUGAAGUUUGUGAAAGUGAGGGUUAGAUCAGUUCGUAUUCCUCAAAUUGGAGACAAAUUCAGUAGUAGACAUGGUCAGAAGGGAAUUGUUGGCAUGACAUAUACACAGGAGGACAUGCCUUGGACGAUAGAAGGCGUUACUCCUGAUAUUAUUGUGAAUGCACAUGCUAUCCCGUCUCGGAUGACGAUUAGGCAGCUAAUUGAGUGCAUCAUGGGAAAAGUGGCAGCUCACAUGGGUAAAGAAGGAGACGCUACUCCUUUUACAGAUGUCACGAUAAUAACUGUCCCGUCCGUUCGCCGUGAGUCGAUCGAGCGUCGUGCAUCUCCAGAUCAAUUUUGUUUAACUAUUCCGGGGGACCCGUGCCCCUUUGCUUAA